GCGGUGCGGGCGCCUCCAGCACUCUGAAACUUUAAUCUCAUUUCCUAGUCAAAGAAGAGAAUAAUCCCAUUUCAGUGGAUUCUAAGACAUAGAUAUAUAACAGGAAUAAAGAGGGUAAACCCAUAAGUGGGAAAGAGUUACAGAAGAAUGUCAGUCAACCAAGAAAGGAAGAGUCAAGGAGUUCCUGAAGACGCUCUGGCUAACCAAGACACAUCUUCAUUAACCGAUGUUGUAGAGCAAGUUGCAAAGCAACAACAAUCACAAACAUCAGAAAUAGAAAAAAACAAAAAAGUUCUGUUUCAUUUACAGAAUGAACUUCAUGAGCUAGAAAAACAAAUAGCAACUGUUUCUGCAGAAACUAAAGAAACAGAAAGGCUAAUUUAUCAGCAAGAUGUUGCCAUAGAGAAUAGCAAACUUCAGUGUGAAAACCUGGAAACACAAAUCAAAUCCUUACAUACAGAAAAUGUAAAGCUUAAAUUUGAUAUAGAAGCAGCCCAAGAAGAUUUCAAGGAACACGUGAUAAAAUAUAAUGAAUACUAUGCAAAAAUUAAAGUGCAUAAAGAUAGCUUGGGGGAGGAAGAAAGCAAAUGGCCAUUUAUGAUUGAACUACGUGAAAAACAAGAUCUUGUUAAAAAACUGAAGAUAAUGAAAGAGGAACUUAGGCAAGAUCUCCAGAAUCCAGAAGGAAACCGGAUGAAACAAGUACAGGAAGACAUUACAAAGCUAAAGGACAAAAUCACAACUACAAAAGAAUCUAUCAUUGAAAAAACUUGUUUUCUUGAGGAAGAAAAUAAGACACAUGAAAAAUUAAGAAAAGAAAUAGAGGUACAAAAUAAGAGAUAUGGUGCAAUUCUUAAGCGUUUGCAUUGUCAGCUGAACAAGCUUCAGUCAAAUAGAAAGCAAUGGCAGUGGAACAUUCAACAACUAGAAAAAACUGCAGCUGAACUAAGAAAAUGCAUUGCAAUGAAAGAUUAACAUGGCCGUAGGACAAUGUAGAGCACAGAGUAUUGCCACAAAAAUUACAGGCAAGAAUGUUGAGAAAUCAUUCAAAUUCUUGUUUCUAAUUAAUUAAUUUUUAUUGAAGUAUAGUUGACAGACAAUAUUAUAUUUGUUUCAGGUGUGCAACACAGUGAUUCUAUAUUUAUAUAUCUUACCAAUGAGCUUCCACUGUCAGAGGUCUGUCCUAAUGGCAGAUAUAUUUAUCUUUUUUUAAUUAGUCCUUCCAACCCUACAAUUGAUAGCAGUAAAAAGACAAUAGGAAUGCUUACAGAAGAAUAGUAGAUGAUUCCAUGAACAUUUUUCAUGUAUAAGAUGUAUUGUACUCAUGAAUGCCUGUUUAUAAAUUGUUGCCUUCACUAUUAUUUGAAGUAAAAAUUUAGAAGAAAAGAAACUCUUGAAUUUACAAUGAUUUAAAUUGUUAAGAUAUUUAAAUGGUUAUCUGUUUCAAACUUUAUUAAAACUUGUUUUUUUACUACUGCCUUCACAGCAGUCCAUAAAUAUUAACAUUUACAAUAAUAUUAUAUGUUCAGUGCCUCAGGUAUGGUUCUUAGUUUUUCUUCUUCAUUCAGAAACUGGCAAUCAUUUUUCUUUGUUAUUAAAUAACGUAUUUUUAGAGUGUUGCAAAGCAUAAUUUUUUUUGUUCAUGCUUCUGUCUAUAAAUUAUUUAUUACUAUUCUAUGACUAAAAUAACAUUGUGUAAAGUAAACUUAUAAGCUCUUUAAAAAUGUAAACCAUUAUAGACAAAUGUUUUUAUUUUUUAUUUUUAUUGAAAGGCAAAUACUAUGUUCAUGGCAAAAAUCAAAAUUUAAUUUGUCCCUUGUAAGAUGAAAGUGCUCCUUCUCAUGGUCCUAUUGAGUAAAAUUUUUAGGAACAAAAAUAAAAUAUUAAUUAUUAAGUACA